AUGUAUCAGUACGCGGUCUGGACCCAGAAUGCCGACGGAUCGGUGACAAUCUACUCCUCGUCGACACGUGCUGCCCAACAACUCACCGCUGAAACUACUGCCGCUACUGCUGGGAACACUGCUGCGGCGAACACUGCUGCCCCGGGUAUCACCGCAACCGCCAAUGCAUCAAAUGGCACCAACAACGCAAACAAGACUCAGUCGCCUGCGACUACGACGAGCGGCACACCAAGCAAGACUGCCGCUGCUGCAGGUGGCCCGACGACCUCCAAUGGAGUCGACAAACUUGCUUUCAGCCACGAACAGCAUAUUGGAACUGUCGGGUUGGGAUUCGUGUGGCUGCUGUCUGCAUUCCUGUUCUGA